AUGGUGAAACGACCGGCCGAAUACCCGGCGGCUCCCUCAGCGGCUGCGAUGCCUGCCCGCAAGCGCUCUCGCCUCGUCGGUGCCAAGACCGCCCUGCCCGUUGCCGAUGAGGCCUGGCGCGCCAAGAUGAUGCGCACCAAGGACGCAGUCGUGCUGCGAGCCAAGACGCGCAAGAACUACGCAAAGAUCAAGGCACGCACGCUGGCUGCCGACGGCGUGGACGGUGAGGGUGAGGGCGAAAAGAAGCGGGACCAAGAGGGCAUGCAUCCAGAUCGACAGGCCCGGCUGGGAGACGACGAAGAGACACAGACAUCAGCACAGUCACGGCCACAUUCGAGGAGACCCGACGGCGAGAAUGGCGAGAGACGGCCGCAGAUUACGCUUCCCCGGGCCCAGCGCCGCCCCAGCAGGGCCAAGACAGACACCCUGCUCAAGGCGCAGCAGGAGGCCGACCAGCACCGCGCCGAGGCCGAGCGACGGGCGGCCGAACGAGAAGAAAAAAGAGCCGAGCGUACGCGCAUGCAAAAGGCAAUGGUGCGGGCAAGACGGGUGGAUGGCGGUGGUGGCGGGGGCGCCAGCAGCAGGCGUGGUGGCCAGCUCGGCCCUGAUCGGCGAAAACUCGGCCGGGAGAGCGAGGUGCUGCUGGAUCGGGUGCGAAGGCUGAUGAAAUGA